AGGUGGGAGAUCAAAUGAAGCUACUUCACAACUGCUGGUCGGAACUUCUGGUCCUGGAUCACAUUUUCAGACAAGUUCAACAUGGAAAGGAAGACAGUAUCCUGCUGGUGACUGGCCAGGAGAUUGAAAUGUCCUCAAUUUUGUCACAAGGAGAGACAACUCUUUCCAGUCUGGUCCAGAGAGGUCAGGAGCUUGCAGCGAGGCUGCGGGUGCUGCAGGUGGACCGAAGGGAGAUGGCCUGUCUCAAGUUCCUCCUUCUGUUCAACCCCAACGUAAAGCUGCUGGAGAACCAGGCCUUCGUUGAGGGUGUGCAGGAGCAGGUGAACGGGGCUCUGCUGGAGUACAUCCUGUCCACCUAUCCUCAGUUUCAGGAGAAGUUCAGCCAGCUGGUGGUCCAGCUGCCUGACCUGCGCUCCCUCAGCACGCAGGCUGAGGACUACCUGUGCUUUAAGCACCUGAACGGAGAGGUGACCUGCAACAACCUGCUCAUCGAGAUGCUGCACGCUAAGAGGGCGUGUGUGUGAACAAUGCACACACACACCAACGUUCUACCACCAAGUGUUACAUUUCUGUGUGAGACUGCGUGUGUGUAUGUGUGUGUGCCUGUGUGUGAGGAUGUGUGUGGGAAUGAAAAAUAAAAGGUGAAAAGGUUUCACACUGGGUCAUCUUUGUUAGGACUUUUCCUAAGGUUGAAAGAUAGAAAGAUGUUUCAGAUGUUUGGAAUUUAAAGGUUUUGAAUGUUUCCAUCUUCAUAUCCUGCACAGCUACUUUAACAUGACCUUAAAACUGGAUUUUCUACUCUUAUUACAAACAUCUGAAAUUGGGUUUAUGAGGAAAGUUAGAAUAAACAUGAAUAACAUGCUAAACAACUAAUCGUACAUUCCACAGCUGAGCUGAUGUCUUUUUGCAGCUUUGCAGUUACCUGUAAGUUCCCACUUCCUGAUGCCUCUGAGGUUCAGCUGGGAACUCUUCUAACUGGCUGGAGGUCUGCCUGUUUCCAGGCCCUUUUCACAACACAUUUUGUUUCCUUCCUUCAGAAAUCGCAGUUGCCUGCAACAAUGUCUCCUAUAAAGAAGCUUGUUCUGGAUGCGACACAGAACAGAGAUUAUUUUAUUUAAGUAAAAACAGACUUUAUAAUUGUUGUUGUAAAAGAUAUAAAGCAUCAAGAACUUCAGAGAGGUGCUGAUCAUUGUGACAAUCAAAAAUCUAAAUGUCACACACCUCACUCCUGUGAGCAGUUUUUAAGCUUUAUAGAAUCUUGUCCCUUUUUACAGGCCUGGAAGCUGUAAAUUAAAUGUUUGCCAAAGUAGAAAAAAAAACAAAAAAAAAAACAACUGAAGAUGGACUGUGUGACGCUUGUGUCCAAUUUUUGAACAUACCUUAAAAUAACACACUGGUCUUGACCAGGAAGGAAUGCACUUAAUAUCUUCAACUAUACAGGCAGCCUAAAUGUAAAAGCCUCAUCAUGUUCUGUAGAGUUGAGUUUUUAUCUAUUUAUUUAAAACAUUAUAUAUCCAAAACUUUUCUUAAUGUAUAACAUUCCUAUUGAACUGAACAUCAAAACGCAGACAAAAGUGAAAAAGUGAGAAACAAAACGAGGAAAAAACUGGACACUAAUUAAAAUAAUUUGAAGGAAAUUAAGAAAACAGUAAUGUUUGGUCAAAUAUAAAAACUAUGCGCAAGAACAUAAAGAAGAGGGCAAAGUUAUGAGCAAAUGUGAGGAGACAGAAGAUAAAAAAGGCAGCAGUUUUAAAGAUGCGAACAGAUCUAAAUCUGGGCCCAAUCACAUGACAGUGCUGUAAUCUUCACCAUUCCACUGCAGCUCUGGCUGUGAGCUCCRCUGGGCUUCCUGUUGGAAGGAGAAGUUGAACUUCAUUUGAUCAUGGUUUGUGUCUCCAGCAGGUUUUUCAUAAGCUCCAUCCAUCUUCCAAAAAACUCCACCUUAUCUUUCCCUGCUGAAGAAAAGCAUCCACAUCAUGAUGCUGCCGCCACCAUUGUUUUUGCAAGACAUUGCACAUUGUAUUGUAAACUUGUGAUGACAUGUAUACUAUACCAGUAAGUCACUAGUUCUUCCAAAUUUAGCCCGUUUGUCAGCAGGUGGCAUAUGAUGAGCUCAUCAUGACAAUGUAAUAGCUUUUUUUUUUUAAACCAAUCUUUCAUUAAUCUAUGUGGUUGGAGGAAUAGUUUGAAUUGGCACAUCGAAACAGAAUAAAAAAUGACUUUCCUGUAUGACAGAACACAUCCCCAUGUUAACCCCACUUCCAUCAGCUGGUGCUCACUGAUUUAUCACUUUCACAUACAGCAAUGUGUGGCCAUCUGUCCUGUUGCACUACUUUACCGAUUGACAAAGGGGUUUUAUGGUUUGUUCAAUCUGUUUGUAGAAUGACAAAAACAUUCAUCAGAUUUGAUGAUCCAGUUUUCAUCUGGGAUUUUUAUUCUUCCUUGGAGGAUGCAACCGGUUAGCUGAAGGGAAGCAAGUUAGUCUCCAAAAUUUGCACAACUUCAGUCUUUUCAAAACAAGGAAAUAAGWGAAAGAAAACUGCAGAUUUUAGCGCUGUGACCAUUACUCAUUAAAUGYAYGAUUUGGAUUUAAGUUCCAGCACCAUCACUGGAACUCAGYGUCUCAGCUGCAAACUGAAGUUAAACAGCAAGUAAACAGUGAGGCUGCACUUGUGAGGCCAUGAACAACCACGACCUUCCCUUCCCAAAAACUCUCCUCUGUUUGUGGAACUUUGUUAAACAGCAACACUUGUGUAUUGUCCCACACUGGUCUCCUAUGUUGUUAAAAAAAAAAGAUAAAAAAAAAAAAAAACAUUUAAAAGCACUCCAAUCAAAUUGACAGUGACAAUAUUUUCUGCUCCCGUCUGUCACCAGUCAGUGAAAACAAAGAAACACGGUGGUGUUUGUAUUAUUGUGCAGCUCAACUUUCUUACUGUUGCCAUGUCAGAUUAGUCCGUUUGCCAUUUCAAGGUAUUGUAGACAAUCAUUCCGUCUGCCUUAAUUCAGUGACUGCCUGAACACACACACACAUACACACGCACCUUGGAUUUCCAGUGGAGACGGCCGCCAUCACUCUGUACAGUAUAUUUAUGUUGUGAAGUGAAUAUCUACUACAAUAUGAGGACACAUUCAACACAAAAAAAUAUCUGCUUUAUGUUGAGGUCUAAGCGCUACUGUUGUGGAACUGAUUCUCUUGGUAUUGUUUUUGGUUCUCGCUUUGUUCUUUUUUCUUGUGAAUCCAUCUUAAACUGAAAUGUUUUUCUCUGAACAGAGAAAUUGACCACAUUUUUCU